AAUGAACCGUCUUUUCUUUGGAUAAGAACAUGCAGCACCCAUGUGUCACAUUAUACUUCAAGCCUAUCACCUGAUCACAACCUGUGAUUUUGACAAUGUAGAUUUUAAAUCUGGAAGUUGAAAUCGGCACAAAAGCAAAAAAAAAAAGUUUACUCUUACACAAAAUUAACAGAUGCUAUAUCGCACUGAUCCAAAACGCCAGCACCAACAUUGUUGGACCAAUGUUAAUGAGAAUUAACAUACAAACACCAACAGGGGUUUCACACUAAUCCAACUAACUCCAAAUACGCAAAAUUAGUUGCACAUCAACCUUAGGGAUGCCUUUGACCACACCAACCACAGCAUUUAAAGUAUGUAGACAUUAGUGGAAUUGAGCUGGCAUGGUAUUCAGUAGCAGGACCUUUGCUUUUCUCCCUGUACAAGCUGAAGGGGUUUUUCUUUAUAAUUCAGUGCACCACUUUUAUCUUAUGUAGACGUCCAGGAUUAUUUUGUUGCUGAGCUCACCAGUGUUGUUUUUUUCCCCAGAAUCUAACCAAAUUGUUGAUUUGGCCGCUCUUAAUGUUCCUGGGAUCUUUCUGAUGGAUUUGUUGUGUUGUUGAAAUCUCUCGGUGGCAGCGUCAGCAAGGAGUUCGCUGAGAUUAUCACGAGGCAGGCCACCGGAGCUGCUUUAAUGUCCUGCGAACGUGGCGUCUUUCAUAGCCACGUCAAAUUGGAGAAUCUACUUAUUAACAAAGACACGCUAGACGUCAAAUUGAUUGACUUUAGCUGCGGCAGACAAAUACUGCACCCAGAGUUCUUCAAAACGGGCAUGUACCACGGAAAGCCAGAUACGGUGUGGUCACGGGGGGGUUUAUCCUGUGGGAAUUAUCCUACCAGCGAUGACCUGCACACGAUCAAUGAGAACCUCUGGUUUAAAGAAUGCUGCAGUUUGAUUCAGUGUUGCCUGCAGCAGAAUCCAGAGCAAUGCAUUCAUCUGGGAAAGAUCCUUCUCCACGAGCGGUUUAAGGUAUAUACAGCACCGGUGGCGGUUAAGAAUAACCACGGCAACGGGACAUAACACAGCACCUGAAGAGGACAUAUAACGCUGUAUAAAAAGACCAACAAUCACAUUAAAUAAAUAUCUUAUAUUUGAAGUGUUUUUGUAACAUUCAUGCUUCUGCAAUUAUCUAUCUGUCGUGAAUCAUGCUCGAUGCUGUUUUAUACUAUUAUAUAAAGUGAAGUAUCUGAACAAACACUUUGUUUGUUGUUCAUUUGAAUGUUUGUAAAUAUGUUUGUAUACGGUUUUGAAUGCGACUUGAUAUGCUGCUGUCAAUAUGUUGCUGUUAAUAUGUUGGUUUUAUCUAUAUAAAUGAA